UUAUUUUAGUAUAAAAAGUUAUUGGUACAGAGUUGGGACAUCAUUCAGGAGUUUGUUAUUCAAGGAACGACUUGAACAAACAACAUGUUCACCUACGUGUGUUUCGCUUUGGUGUUCGUUGCUGCCUGCAACGCUCAGGCCGCCACCGACGCGCCUGUAGGAGCCACCCGGAGCUCCAUCUGUAAGCAGCGGAACGCCUACUACAAAGUGGACACUAGCUGUGACUCCUAUGUAGAGUGCACUGAAUUCGUUGCCAACGAAAUGUUGUGCCCAGACGGUCUGCACUUCAACCCUGAAGCUAAGUGGCCCAGCUACCCUUGCGGAUACCCCAUGGACGUGCCCUGCCAGGGACGUGGCUCUGCUCAGCCUGCCCAGCCGACCGCUGACUGCCCACACCAAUACGGCUACUUCCCAUCCCCCGUCGCCACCGCUGACAACUGUGGCCAAUACCGCAUGUGUGUGGCCGGUAAGGCCAUCGAGAUGGUCUGCCCCACUGGCCUGGCCUUCAAUCCCGACACCGGCCGUUGCGACUGGCCCGACCUAGUCGCCUCAUGCAAAACUGAAGACUUCCUCGGAUUCUCUUGCCCUGCUGCCCCCACUGACGCUGACGGCAACCCUCUCGACCUUGUCUUCAACUACAAAUACCAAGGCAACUGCUUCUACUUCUUCUCGUGCGAGAAGGGCCGCGCUCGUCUGUUGUCCUGUGACAAUGGUCUCGCCUUCGACCCCGCCUCGGGCCGCUGCGUAGACGCUGAGUUUGUCAACUGCGACGUUCAACCUACAGCUCGAGCUAGUUAAGCUGUUACAUUCGGUCUUAAUCUUUACUUGAUUCCUAUGUAUCAUUGAAUUCUUUAAUAAAUAUUUUAUGUCUAAAA